CAUGGCGCCCGCACCGAUGUUAAAUCCCACGUCAAGCAAAACAAACAAUAAAUUCAUGCGAAAAUAACAUCAUCAGGACGAAAUAAGCGUUCUCAAACAAUUCUCCAACAAUUUUAAUUUUUAUAAUGAUGUUCGUGCCAAGUGUCAGAUCAAGUGCUAAAGCUCCAUUGGCUCAUGUCAUCGGUAUUAACGAUGAUGUGCACCUGUGAGACAUUUUUAAAUAAAUUUUUUUUUUAGAAUGAAUUUGAUUGUCUCGAAGUACCUAGUGAUCGUCGCGAACAGUUGUUGCUGUAAUGAAGUGAUUGGUGCGAUUGGAGUGGACACAUGUGCAGGAUGACGUGAUAAUGAUAACGCGUGUGAGAAUUACUCGAGUGACGAGGGGCGAAGGAAAUGAUUCGAGGAUUCAACAGUUCUAGAUGGAUGAUUGACCCCAUCCACCUCCGCGCGAAGAGAAUCAUCAACAUCGUCUCACUGUCAUCACAACAAUCUUCAAGAUUGAAUCAACAAGCGAAACCUGACAAUUCUCGGAGAUUCAAGCUGCAAUAGGCGAUAUACCAUCAGUUUCUCCAUCAAUCAUCACCAACCGUCUGACGUAAUUAAAAAUAAUCAUUUAUCUCGUCUAAAAAUCCAAAAGAAUGAUUAAAUCGACUCUAACAUAAUGAAAAACAGGCCUGAUUGCGUCAAACCGUAAAUCUCUCAGACAAACUCGGUGAUCUCUGAAUUAAAUCAUUCGCCAUCAAACAAACUGCCUUAUCACUCGUCAUAAUUAUCAUUGUAAAAAAUUGCUCUCGGCGAUUCAUACACAAGGGGAUAAAAAUCAGUAGCACAAGGCGAGUGGUGGAGAAAACAAUUCGAGAGAUGUUUAAUGAUUGAAUGAGAAUCGUUUAAUUGAAAUAGUCUUGAGGUGCAUUUAUAAUAACGCUAAGAUGAUCAAUCAGCAGAGGGUUAUUGUCAACUCUGGUGACACUAAUGGACAGUUUCACCACAAUCCAGUGUCGGCUAAGCCCUCGGUGGUCUCUGUGUCGAGCAUUGACUCGGAUGUCAGUGAUCGGAGGGACGUGAGGGAGGCACUCUACUCGGGGAUAUUCAGAAGACACAGAAAAACCAUUUUGGUACUUGGCAGUUUCCUCAAGAUGUUAAGGAAAAAUUUGAACAAAGUGCAAGCUCUGAGCCGAAUACUGGCCAUGAUCGUAAUGAGAUUCGAGCAGAAUUCAAUGUUUCAACCGUUCUAUUGAGACAAACUGGAUGGAUUUAAUGAUUUUCAAAGCCACUCUAUUGAAAGUAAUUAUACAAAUGCCUAUGAGAACACCAAGUUAUCAUGCAGAUUUAUUAAAAUAUUUCGAACUUUUACCGAGCUUGUGAAAUUUAUUAGAAUACUGUAUAUUGAUGAGAAAAAAUAAUGACUCGUAACUGGAUCAAACGCAAUGCCUUAUCUGUUUUUCAUGAAAAUUCACGACGACUAUUGUACUUUCUUCAUUACUCAUUCAUUCCAUCUUUUUGUAAAUCUCUUUCUGUUUACUGCUAGUAGUGGAAAUUUAAUUGUGAUAGUUUAGCAUUCGAUAAUGUUGUCACAUCCAUCAGUAUUCCGCUAAUGAAUAAAUCCAAGACAUUUCCAUUGGGGCUUUUUUAUUCACUUGUAAAUCGUUAUUUUAUCGAGAAUGUACUCGAUGAACCUUUUGUAAUAAAAAAAUACUUGAGAUAUUUA